CUUUUUCUUCCAACUUUCCUCACUGUCUCCCUCGCCUGCUUGCUUUUUGUGCUGCGAAUUCAUACCCUCUUUCCGAACAAAGUUUUCACUACUGUUAGCCGGGUUUUUAGCGAUUAAACAACGAACGAUGACCUCCACUCAGCCCGCAGUUAACGGCACCGCCAACGAGGGCGAUGGCCAGACGAUCGGCGCCUACGAAGUCGGCUGGAUGUUUGCUCAGGAGUACUACACAAUCAUGAACAAGGACCCGAGCAAGCUCCACUGCUUCUACAACGCCAAGUCGAUGCUUAUCCACGGCGACGAGGGCAAAAUGCUCAAGCAGGCCAACGGCCUGCAGGAGAUUAGCGCUGCCAUUGCGAGCCAGAAAUUCUCCAACUGCAAGAUCCACGUUAGCAACGUUGACAUCAUGUCUGCGAUCAAGGGGAAUAUCGUUAUUCAGGUCAUUGGCGAGAUGUCCAACGAUGGUCAGGCGUCGCGGAGGUUUGCCCAGACAUUCCUGUUGGCCGAGCAGGUCGGUGGCUACUAUGUUCACAACGACAUUCUGCGUUACCUGAAGGAGGAGGAGGACGUCGAGGAUGAGGUCGAGCAGGCUGAGGAGGUCAAGGAGACCAUUAAGGAGGAAGCGCCCAAGGCCGAGACCAAUGGCCCUGGUGAGGCCGAGGCUGCUGCCCCUGCCGUUGAGGAGGCCACGAAGGUCGAGGAGGCCCCGGUCGUUGAGGAGAAGAAGCCGGCUGAGGAGAAGUCUGAGAAGAAGGCCGAGAAGAAGGCCGAGAAGAAGGAGGAGCCCGUUGCAGAGAAGCCCCAACCCGAGGCUGCCGUUGCUGCUGCUGAGCCCAAGAAGCCGGCCACAUCGUCGAAGCCUGUCGCCGAGUCGAAGCCUGCGGCUGAGCCCAAGCCUGCCCAGGCUGCUGCCCCCGCCAAGCCUAAGGCUCAGCAGCAAGAGAAGCCCGCCUCUGCUUCCAAGCCUGCUCCUGCCCCCGCUCCUGCUCCCAAGCCCACGACCUGGGCUGGCCUUGCCGCUGUUGGCAGCAACAAGUGGGGCAACUCUAUGGCCAAGGUUGAGGGUACUGUUGCGCCUGCCGCCCCAGUCUCGGGCGGCGCUGCGCCUGCCGCUGCCGCUAGCUCUGAUGUGUCGCGUGUCAGCACCCCGGCGUCCAACGUCGGUGCCGGUGGUCGCAGCCGUCGCGAGAAUGUCCCUUCGGCUUUCUUGAAGAACCUGCCCCGCGAGGUCCCCGUGCAGGCCAUCAAGGCUGCCUUCCGGGACAUUGGCGCCCCGCUCGUCUUUGUCGACUUUAUGCCCAAGAACUCUGCUGUUGCCGAGUUCAGCUCGGAGGAGAUCAAGCAGAAGGCCCUGAGCAAGCGCUCGAUCGUCAUCAACGGCGCGACCAUCUCUAUUGAGGAGCGUCGUCAGCCGCGCCAGAACAGCGGCCGUCGCGAUACUGGCAAGCAGUCCCCUGCCCCACGUGCUGGAUCCGGCGAGUUUGAGCAGGUCGGAUCGGGUCGUGGAUCCCGCAGCCGCAAUGCUGGCAACAGGGCGCGGGCUGGCAAGCAGUAAAAACCCUCACCAUUCUGGCAACCAAAACGCAUAGAGCACUGAACACAAAAAUAUCAAUAUUUCGU